UCUUUCAGUUAAAACAUCUCAAACAUGCAAUUUUAGCCUGGGACUAUAAGCCUUGUCUUUGAAACGGGGGGUACGUGUGUUUGGAACAACGUGACAGUGUGUAAAUGAUGACAGAUUCUUUUUUUAUUUUUGGGUAAUAAGAUUACUAGACUGUAAUAGACUGCACUGGGAGUGAAGAAUGAUGGGACAAGCACUGAGCAGUUAAGGGAGAAACUCACAAUGACUAAAGCAGCAGAGAAUGAAGGAAGAUACCGGUUGGACAGGUUCGGCCAGUGGGCUGGUAUUCUGAACUCUCAAGACCGGUGGGGUGUGGUAGGAGUUUGGGUUCUAAAAGGAAAUGAUAGAAACUGCGCUUUGAGGGAGGAAGAAGAAAAGGAGCUGUUUUCACUGCUAUCGAUACAGUUUUAAUUUUUCAGAGUUCAAAGGAGGAGACAGAAAUCGUGGAAGGACUGCUAUAAACUGACCUCAUUCUCCUGAGAUCCUGGGCAACUGAGACACCGAAGAAAGAGGAGGAGGUAGAGGAUGGCAGAAUCAGCAAAGAUUGAACUUUUUGUCAAGGCAAGCGAUGAUGGUGAAAGUGUUGGUAACUGCCCGUUUUGUCAGCGGCUCUUCAUGAUACUCUGGCUGAAGGGAGUCAAUUUCACCCUCACCACAGUGGACAUGAAGAGAGCUCCAGAGGUACUAAAGGACCUGGCUCCAGGUUCUCAGCCCCCUUUCCUCAUCUAUAACGAAGAGGUCCGUACUGACACCAACAAGAUCGAAGAGUUUCUGGAAGAGACCCUUGCGCCCCCACACUAUCCCAAGUUAUGCUGCCGCUAUAAGGAGUCUAACACGGCUGGAGAUGACAUCUUUCACAAAUUCUCGGCUUACAUCAAAAAUCCCAAUCCUGGGCUCAAUGACAUGCUGGAGAAGAAAUUUCUGAGGAGUUUGAUGAAGUUGGAUCAGUACCUGUUGUCUCCCCUUACUCAUGAACUGGACCAGAAUCCGGAUUUAGCCCAAUCCACAAGACAUUACCUGGACGGAAAUUCGCUCUCUCUUGCUGACUGCAACCUGCUUCCAAAAUUACACAUUGUCAAGGUAGUUUGCAAGAAGUACCGUGGUUUUGAGAUCCCUAGAGAGCUAAAAGGCCUGACAAAGUACUUGGACAAAGCGUACAAAGAAGAUGUGUUCCACCUCACCUGCCCCAAAGACAAGGAGAUCCUGCUUGCCUACCAUUCAGUGGCCAAAUAUCUCAACAAGUAGAACUGGACUUCAAAAGAGGAGGAGGACAAAGAUUGUGUGGAAUUUAUUGUACAUUUUUAAAUAUAUGUCUAAUGCCCCAAACUGCCUUUAUUAUGAAUGUAUUCCUAAUGGGGACUUUAAAAAAAUCUGAAUAUAUUGGUGGAGGUUGUUUUCAUUAUUUUUUUCAUUUGUGAAUAUCAGAUGCCUGCCUUGCUUGUUCCUGCCAUUUUUUUUAGUAUUUAAAUGUAUAUUCGUCUGUGGUUUUGAUGGAUUACUUUUGUUUGAUAGCCAGAAACGUCCGUGAAUGUUGUGUUUGAAGGCCGUGUGAAAUGAGACAUGUAAUUGGUCUGAAAUUCUACUACCCAUGAGAAAAAAGAAGACAAAGCACUAGACAACCUCUACAGUGAUGUUAUUGAUGUCAAAUUUUAAUGUUUGUAAGGAAUGUCCAGUAUGUAUAAAAGAGCUUGCUAACAAAUAAAAAUUGUAUGGAAGAAA